UUUGAGGAGGAUCAGAGCGAAAGGAUUUCUCUUGGGGGAGGCUAACGGAAAGCUCAGUGGCCGUGAUUAACCGCAGCCUAUGCACCCACGGGAUCUAGGGCAUUAAAGACAUUUCAAAGCCAUACUGGUGUAACGUGGAAGUCAGGCGGUCCAUGCGGCUGUCCCUGAUUCGUAAAAAUUUAGAUACGAGUAGGCUCAUUCGCGUUGGAUUGAAGCCUCUUUCCUAAUUGGAGUCUUCUGGAGAGAAAGGGUUCGUCGGAUAACUGGUACACACGCAGUGGGCUGCACAAGAGAGGAAAAUACAGAAACAGAGGAAUCAGAAACAAAGAAAACAUAAAUAGUGUCACCCCAGAAAGCAAAUCUCAGUCCACAUAUACAAACACUUACUGGAUUCAAUGCAAUGGAAAGUUUAGGUUUUUAUGUUUCAUUUUUCCUUGUUUCUACUCUGAUUCCUCAUCCAACAAUUCGAGCAACAAAAAUUAGUUGGUCUGUCCUCAAGGCAUGUGUCAUAUUUGACGUAGAAGUAAUUUGGCAAGUUCUCAUAACUGCUGCUCCUUUUAGCAGCUAAAUUUUGUAGCUUCCCAGUUUCUACCUGACACAUGGGUAGUUUUUCAAACUUUGCAUGUCCUCCCAGCCUUAUGUUCCUCUUUUCUAUACGACCCACCCACAUCGAUUCUCGUGCCUUAAACACAUCCUUGCAGGUUCAAUGCAUUUUCCAUAAUGGUUAAUCAAGCUUGCAGUUAAUUUGGGGCCCAUUUAACUGUAGUUAUUUGCAUGAUAAGAUUUGGGGCGUGAAACAGAGACACAGUAUGGCAGAGGGAACAGAAAUUGAGGAACGGGUGGAUCUUGACGAGGAUAAUUACAUGGAAGAAAUGGAUGAUGAUGUUGAAGAUCAACUAGAUGAUGAUGCAGAAGAUGAUAAUGGAGAUGCACGUGUUGAAGAAAAUGCUGAAGAGGACUAUGAGGACUCAAAAACUGGGGUUAUUCAGAAAGAUCAAUCACCAGAAAUGAAUAGAAGCCGUGUCAAUACAGAGCCUCUAGAAGAUGAUGAAAAACCUACUGCUUCUGUCCAAGAAGAGGAAAAAGAGAAGCAUGCUCAACUUCUUGCCCUUCCGCCCCAUGGUUCAGAAGUUUUCAUUGGUGGGCUUCCAAAGGAUGCAUUAGAAGAUGAUUUGAGGGAUCUAUGUGACCCAAUAGGCGAAAUUUUUGAGAUAAGGUUAAUGAAAGAUAAGGACUCUGGUGAAAGCAAGGGCUUUGCUUUUGUUGCCUUUAAAUCAAAGGAGAUUGCUCAAAAGGCCAUUGAAGAGCUUCAUAGUAAGGAGCUCAAGGGAAAAACCUUAAGAUGCUCUCUUUCUGAAACCAAGAACAGAUUGUUUAUCGGUAAUGUUCCAAAGAGCUGGACAGAGGAUGAGUUUAGAAAAGUCAUUGAGGAGGUUGGUCCCGGGGUGGAACUCAUUGAGCUGAUAAAGGAUCCUCAAAAUCCAGCCCGCAAUCGUGGUUUUGCUUUUAUAUUGUAUUACAAUAAUGCAUGUGCUGAUUAUUCAAGGCAGAAAAUGUUAAAUGCAAAUUUUAAGCUGGAUGGAAAUACCCCAACUGUCAGCUGGGCUGAUCCAAAGGGCACACCUGAUCAUUCUGCUGCUGCUGCCCAGGUUAAGGCUUUGUAUGUAAAGAACAUACCUGAGAACACUAGUACUGAGCAACUGAAGGAACUAUUCAUGCGCCAUGGGGAAGUAACAAAAGUUGUUAUGCCACCUGGCAAAGCAGGAAAACGAGAUUUUGGGUUCAUUCAUUACGCUGAAAGGUCAAGUGCAUUGAAGGCUGUCAAAGAUAGCGAGAAAUACGAAAUUGACGGUCAAAUGUUGGAGGUUGUCCUUGCCAAGCCUCAGGCUGAUAAAAAACCUGAUGGGAUUUAUCCUUACACAGCAGGGCUUCAUCCAAACCAUGUGCCACAUCCUUCUUAUGGUGGGUUUGCUGGAAGUCCAUAUGGCUCUGUAAGUGCUGGAUUUGGUGUUUCUGCCAGUUUUCAGCAGCCAGUUAUAUAUGGAAGGGGUCCAAUGCCAGCUGGGAUGCAUAUGGUGCCCAUGGUUCUACCAGAUGGUCGAAUUGGCUAUGUUCUUCAGCAGCCGGGUGUACAGAUGCCACAACCUAGGCCGAGGAGAGUUGAUCGGAACAAUGGUCCAGGUGGGCCUGGGCGAGCUGGAAGUAGUGGGGAUGAUGUCAAUCGUAGCAGAAGGUAUCGCCCUUAUUAGUGGUAGAGGUGCAGAAAUGUGUCAUAGUUUUUUCCCGGGAAUGAAGAGACAUUAUAGUUGGAUGACUUGUUGCGGUGAACAAAAUAACAGAGCCAUCACCCCUUUCUUCUCCCCCAUCCCAAAACUCUUUAGAACCAAAAAAAUAAAAAAAAUAAAAAAAAAAAGAAUGGAAAGAAGAAGAAAAAAGAUUUUAGAAUUAGGAAGAUGAAGUAUUCUGUGACUUUGUUGUGGUGGGAGACGAUUGACAUUUAGCAAUUCUCUUUAUAUUAACGGUUUAUUUAUUGGCA